AGUUACGCGCGCCGCUCACCUGUCACUCCCGCUCGAGCGCACCUGUUGCACCGCUUCUCCACUCUUCUUUAUUUUCACACAAAACACUUUAAUAUAGAGUUUGUUUCGUGUUUUACCUAUAGCCGAUGCUUUUCACUUCGUCCUGACUACAAAUAUCGUCGUUUUAGGAGAGAAGUCACAUUGGUGCAGGUAAACGGACUGAGAUGGAGACUUGAAGAGGAGUUUACCUCAGGAGUUUAGGAAGAGCGAGAGGAGUCGUCGCAAACGAAGAACAAUACCAGUUUCUCUCAGCUGAGGGGUGGAUGUCGUAGAAAAUGAAUGUUUUGGGAACCCCAACAAAACCAAGCAAAAUAAACAAACUUGUGUGGUUUGAUACUUCAGGAGUAUUGCAAGAACAUGAUGGGGUGUCCAGAUCGGACAGCAAGCUCAGCGCCAAGGCCCUGUUUGAGCAACGAAAGAAAUACUCCAACUCAAAUGUCAUCAUGCAGGAGAUGUCGCAGUACCACGUCCAGCAUCUGUCCACCUUCAUCAUGGAUAAGAGCGAGUCUAUCGCCACGGUGGACGAUGCCAUUAAGAAGCUAAAACUGCUGGACUCCAAAGACAAAAUCUGGACACAGGAGAUGCUGCUGCAGGUGACGGAGAAAUCCAUCAAACUCCUGGACUGUGAGACUAAGGAGGACCUAGAGAACUUUCCUCUGUCCACAGUCCAGCACUGUCAGACGCUGCUGAAUCAGACACGAUACCCCUCAGUCCUUCUGCUCGUCUGUCAGGACAACGAACAGCACAAACCCGACAUUCAUUUCUUCUACUGUGAUGAAGUAGAGGCAGAGAUGGUGCAUGCGGACAUCGACAGCGCUCUCGGGGACAACACACGCGGCAAGAAGAUGCGGCCACAGACGCUAAAGCUUAACCAAGAAAAGAUGAAACGCCAUCGAGAAACCAUCAUCCCACAGUCUGAACCUAAAGGCCCCGCCCCUGGAGUCAAAGGUCGAGUCGCAGCCACAGACGUGAAAGGUGAUUUGUCGCCACAGGACCCUGAGUCCAAUAUGAAACUGGCCCAGGUCAUUGAGAAGGACGUGCAAAUCCUGAACUGCACCCUGGACGACAUCGAGAUCUUCGUGGCGCGACUUCACAAAGCCGCAGAAGCUUUCGCUCAGCUCAACCAGCGUAACCGGAGCAAGAAAAAUAAGAAGAAAGGACCAGCAGAGGGGAUGUUAACACUGAGAGCUAAACCGCCAUCAGAAGCAGAGUUCAUCGACUGUCUACAGAAGCUAAAACUUUCUUUCAACCUGCUGGCCAAACUUCAGAAACACAUCCAGAACCCCAGUGCUUCUGAGCUCGUGCAUUUUCUGUUUGGACCUCUUGAACUGAUAUUGCAGAGUUGCGGCAGUCCCGAUCUUCCACGCGUGGUCAUUUCUCCUCACUUGUCCCGGGACACCGUAAACUUCCUCAGAGGUCACCUGACUCCUAAAGAGAUGACCAUCUAUGAGCUGCUGGGUGACGGCUGGACUCGGCCCAGAGCCGAUUGGCCGAAAGAUCAGUACGCUCCUCUCUAUGUCCCGAAGUUUCGGAAUGGCUGGGAGCCGCCGGUGGAGUUGUUCCGCACGGCACUGUGGGAGACGGAAACCGCGGAGGUACUGAAGAGUCCGGCCAUGCCGAAAUCUCCAGUGCAGCCUGAUUACAGGAAAGACGAGUUCUUCGGAUCUCAGCCACCGGUUUCAAACGGGAUUUACCCGACGUCGCCUGCUCCCCGCAAGUACGCAAAGAUCCGAUAUCACUUCGUCGCUCGUAAUGCCAACGAGCUCUCUGUCCUACAGGAUGAAGUUCUUGAGGUGUUGGAGGACGAUAAGCAGUGGUGGAAGUUGAGGAACAGAAGUGGGCAGGCGGGAUACGUGCCGUAUAAUAUACUGGACGUUGUGAAACUAGAGGAACCGUACGGCAUGAGCGAUCAACCCUACAGUCCGUCGUAUCGAGGUCAGUCUCCUGCAAGCUCGGUGGGAAGUGACAAAGACAGUCACAACCAUCAGAUGGAUAAAGUGAACGAUGAGCUGCUGAUGUUGCUCACCAGCAGUAAAAUAAAUCCACCCGCAAGAAACUUUAAGGUGGAGCGUUCAUCCAGCUCCUCCAUGCCGCUGGCGUUUGACUCCACCCCUUCGCAGGUGACCUCUUGGCUCAAUGCUAAAGGCUUCAGCAAACCUACGGUGGAGCGUUUGGGCAUCCUGACAGGUGCACAGCUGUUCUCUCUCAAUAAAGAGCACCUGAAGUCUGUGUGUGGUGAUGAGGGGUCAAGGGUUUACAGUCAGAUCACUGUCCAGAAAGCACAGCUGGAGAAAAGUCGAGGAGAAUCUGAACUCCAGGAAAUUAUGAAGAAACGGCAAGAGAAAAUCGAAUCUUCCGCCGACUGAGCACGCUCACGGGACUGUCAAUCAAACGUCACCUGGCAAGAUUAG